AUGGGCUCUCAAGAAGGCGAUGUAAUCGAGAAGGGCGCGGAGACAGCCCAAGGUCCAACCAAUGUCUCCGUGAGCGAGCAGGAAGUUGAGAAAGUCUAUCACCAUAAGCUUGAUGCCGACGAAGCUUUGGACUUUUUCAGAUCCCAUGGCAUCACGACGGUAUCCCCUGAGGAUGACAAGCGCAUACUCCGCAAGAUCGACAUGUUCUUAAUGCCUCUUAUGCUGGUAACAAAUACACUCAACUUCUUGGACAAAAACGCGUUAUCCAACUCAGUCAAUUUCGGUCUCAAAGAAGACAAUCACCUUGUUGGAAAUCAAUACAGCUGGGCUAGUGGUUCGGUAUUUUAUCUCACGUACAUGGUCUGCCAACCACUUGUAUCGCGAUCCUUACAAUGGUUCCCUGUUGGAAAACUACUGUCCGUGUCAGUCGUAGCUUGGGGAGCGGUCUUGAUGCUUACCGCCUGCACCCGCUCAUUCGCCGCGUUGAUGAGCGUCCGUGCUGUCCUUGGUGCUUUCGAGUCGGUCAUCAACCCCACUCUCAUGCUCAUGACCGCCCAAUGGUACAAGCGAUCUGAACAACCUGAGCGUGUCGGUUGGUGGUUUAUGGGCAAUGCUCUCGGCCAGAUUUUUGGUGGUAUUAUCGGAUAUGGCGUUGGCAACAUCAACGCUAAUCUCGAGGUCGGAAACUGGAUCUGGUAUUUCAUUAUCUUCGGCGGAUUCACAAUUCUCUAUGGAGUCUUCCUUUACUUCAUUAUCCCUGACAGCCCCAUGACUGCUAGGUGGCUCUCUGACCGUGAUCGCGCUCUGGCCCUUGCGCGUGUGCGCCAGAACCGAACAGGUAUCAUGAACCGACACCUCAAGUGGUACCAGGUCAAAGAGGCUCUCCUGGACUUCCAGACAUGGAUGCUUGUCAUCAUUCAGUUUCUCACCAAUGUACCAUCUGGCGGUGUUGCUAGCUUUGGAACGCAAGUUAUCAAAGGCUUCGGAUUUAGCGCCUUGAACACGACAUUGCUCCAAAUGCCUCUUGGUCUAAUCCAGGGUAUUACGAUUAUCCUAGGUGGUCUCGCUUGCAAGUACUUCAAGAACUGCCGAUGGAUCGUCAUGAUUGUCACCCAAAUUCCCGCCUUGGUCGGUGCAAUCUUAUUAUACACACUCCCAUCUUCGCACAAAAACUCGCGUCUCGCGUCUUACUACGUCAUCCAGACUCACAGUAUUGUUACUAUCAUGGAAUACUCCAUGGUAACAGCAAAUAUUGCUGGUACGACUAAGAAGAUGACUGUUACGGCUUUGCUCUUCAUAUUCUUCUGUGUCGCACAAGUCGCUGCUCCGCAGUUAUUCGUCAGCUCCGAAUCGCCUCGGUAUCCCACAGCAUUUAAGGCGGCGUUCUCUUGCUUCGCUUUAUUGAUUAUCCUGCCAAUUGUGCUCAUGCUCUACCUCAGGUGGCAGAACCAGAAGCGCGACCGUCAAUACGGUAAAGUAGACCAUGAUGACUCUACAGAUAUAUCGGCGGUGAAUGGCGAUGACCAACCCGAUGAGUUUUUCGACUUAACGGAUUUCGAGCAGAAAGAGAAGUUCCGCUACGUCUACUAA